AUGCACGUGUCGCUAGCUGUGCCUCGCCUCCGCACUCUGGCCGAGCGAGCGAGAGCGCUUGCCCCGGCGCAGAAUCACUUUCUCCAGUCCCUUGCGGAGACACCCAGAACCUCGAAGUUUGCAAGGGACGCGUUUCUCCGCCUGACGCAUUUCGCAGAGUCAGCGCAGCCCACGUUCUGCCUGCUGGACCCGGAAAUGGUUUCAGCUUCACCCGACAACCGCAAGCAAGGAGAAAGAGGGAACGGGAGCACGCAAGCGCUGUCCUGGCCUUUCUUGGUCCUCGACAGCCUCCCUCACCACUGCCUCGCGCAGGCUUACCAACCCGUCUGUCGCCACGCGACUUCUCUGCUUCGCGACGCCCUGACCCACGCUUCUCUCACGGCGCCAACGGGCGACACGCGCGCGUCUCUCGACCGCAGGUCAGAAAGCGGGCGGUCCGCAGUCGCCGCAGCUUCGACGUUUCGUUUGCGUGCUCCCCCGCUGCCAGCGUCUUCCAUGGCGAGUGCUGGAGAGCGAGACGCGUCUCCGGAUACGCGUUUCGUCAUCGACUCGGAGCCUGCAGACUCUGCACAGGCAUCUGCGUUUCGAAGGUUUCUGCGGGGAUGCUUUGCCACGGCCCUCGUCGAAGCACGAAGAGACCGACAGGACGGCGCGACACGUGAGACUUGUCAAACAGACCCACUCUGUCGUCGUCCACUGGCCUCGUCUUCAAAGAGUUCUUGUUCUUCCUCCGCAGAUCCUACGUCUUCCUGCUCCCGCUGUUCUGCAUCCUCGUCUGCAUCCUCGUCUGCAUGCUCUUCCGCAUUUCUUGUCUCUUCGCGGGCGUCGGCCUCGCUCCGCGCGGACUCUGCGUCUUCACCGUGUACCGUCGCGUCAGAACCAAGUCCCUCUGGGGAGCUGUCGCCAGUGAAUGGCGUGCGCCGAGCUGCCUUCGAAGAGUCGGCGACGCGUGCCCUCGCAGAGAUCGUUCUGGAUGCUCCGUGUUUCUCGCGGCUGCAUGCAAAGCUUCAGGGGCUGGCGAGGUGCCGCCGGCGUCCCGUUCCGCCUGUUGCCUCAGGAGACACCACAGCGGCCGGGAGUCGGGACGAAAACGGAGGUGCGUGCGCAGGAUCAAGUGACCGAGCUCCGGCGUUUCCGCGUCUCCCGUCAGAUGCCCCCAUCUCUGAUGAGACCUCGAAAGCGAAGUGUAGGUUUCGGCACAGAGAAGAGUCUUACGCGGCUCCGAAGCAGUCCGUACAGUGUACCUCUCAAGAGUCGGCAUCCGCUGCCGGCUCUCGCGCCCGCCAGAGUGGAGGUCGCGAGCGUUGCGGCCAAGGGAACAGAGCGGCCGGCUCAGAAGGGAAAGAAGAAUCAAGGCGACGCGCGGCGGCUGCGGCAGACGACGUCGAGACCACAGGGGGAGAGGCUACAGCACUAGAAGGGGAAGAAGAGGCGACGCACGGAAUGCAGGAAGACGGUCAACUUGAAGAAGAGAGAAACGACGCGCUCCGGAAACCCGCGAGAAAUGACACAGACCAAAACCAGAAGGAAGAAAACGCCAGUAAGGCACACAAGGAGAGCACAGGCGAAGGCGUGGGAAACGAGGGGAGAUCCUACCGCCUCGAGCUUCAUCGGGAAAGUGUAGUCCAGAGAGUGAGACAGCUUGCGACGCUGAUUGUCGAUUUAGGCAGCACGUACGACGUACUUCACAGGAAGUCUCUGGAAGCCGCAGCCGACGAGGAGAGGGGAGGACAAGAAGCUACCGAGGACGCGAAGGCCAAAGCCCACGAAGAGCCAGUAGCGAUGGCAGGACACCGCGAUGAAGCCGACAGAGACAGAACAGAUCAGGAGGACGCGUCGCGCAGCACGCACGCCGCGCGCCACCGAGGUCAAGACGCCCCGGAGGCAGCGGCAAUGCCUGCAUGCAGCGAGUUCGGGAACGACCAGCCGCCGCGUGAGUCGUCGAAACUCGCGGAAACUCAGGAGACCUUCGCCGCCACUUAUGAAGAAGGGAAGAUGUCGCUUGGCGAUGCCGCGUCGCUCAUUGUUGAGCAGCCCUGGUAUCUCCUUCGGGAAUUCCCGAUUGUCUACGAAGACGCCAACCUCGUGAUUAUCUCCAAACCGUUUGAUGUCCGGGUGGACGUUCCCCUGAAGAGAGAAGACGGCGACGGGGACGGAGCCGCAGGAGAAGGACAGACUGAGCCGCCACGCAGUGACGCGCCAGACAGAGCCGACGCGGAGGCGACCGCGGAGGCGACAACAGAUGAACGAAGCAAGAACGCGGCGGACGGCGACUCUCAGGUCGGAGGGAAAGGCAACCAGCUACCUGGGGCAUGGGAAAGACGGUUCAGGACGGAGUUCACCGUGGCCGAUUGGUAUCGGAGACACAGCGAGAGAAUGAGGCAGCGACAGGCACACGCAGAAGCGGAGCCGACGGACCAAGACAAAGAGCCGUGCAAAGUUCGUCUUUGCCAUCAACUCGAUUAUGCGACAUCCGGCUUGUUGAUGGUGGCACACAAUCAGAAGACUGCGCGAAUCGUUCAGACGCUUCUGCAGAGGCGCGAAAUUCAGAAGGAGUACCUGGCGCUGGUGUAUGGACACCCGCAAUGGUCGGAGGUCGAGGUAGUGACUCUCGUCGCGCCUCAUUCGACGCAUGCGUUCAAAAUGAUGCGCGAACACAUGCUUGACGCUACAGAUGCACAGGGCGUCCCGCUGUCGCCAGUCUCGCCUGGCGCCUUCGCCUCCGGCGUCGCCGCCUACCGCUGCAUGUAUGGGUCUGUGAUGCCUGCUCACGCCUCCUCUCCCGGAUCCUCUCGUUCGCCCAGCUCGUCGGCUCUCCCGCAUGCGUCGUCCUUCCCUUCGUGUGCUUCCUUGCGCCCUCCGUCUGUCUCUUCUUCGCCAGCGAACUCGCUGGCCGCCCCUUGCACACUUGCAUCCGAGUCUCCUGCCUGUUUCGGAGGCCGUCGAGUCGAGACAAGAAGACGCGGGCGGUCUCUCCAGUUGGACGAAACGUUUGAAGAAGCGGCAACAUUCAAAGUUGAACAAGACAACGAGGCAGGGGCUGCCGCAGGCCGCACCUGCCAGCUGGGGCGCCGUCCUGUUUCCAAGGCGAGAUCAGGCAAGCGCGCCGUCAGUCGCGUGCAAGUUCUCUACAAAGGCUACCUCAGAAACCUUCCAGAGCCUCUUGUCGGCGUCCCCGGUGCCUUGGUUAAACUCAGUCUUCUUACAGGCCGCCGUCAUCAACUCCGAGUCCACUGCGAACAUCUCGGCCAUCCCAUCGUUGGGGACGCGACCUACGGAACAGGAGAUCAAACUCCCUUCCGGAUGUUUCUCCACGCGACGAGUCUCCAGUUUCCUUCUUUUCCUGCUUCUUCUGUUUCCAGCCCCUCUGGGUCUUCGUCUCUCAGGUCUUCUUGUCAACAGAUCAAGUGUCGACUCCCAGAUCAUGCUGGUUCUCUCGCUUCCACGACAGGCGCACCUCGUCCCGUUUCGUCCUUCUCGGAUGUCGACGGGCGUCCCGAGCAAGGAGCGAAGCGAUGUGGCGGCAGAGCCAAGACCGAAGAAAUCCUGUUUCUGGAGACUCUGAAGAGAUCCACCUUUGUGGACGAUCCGGGAUUCCAGUUCUUUUUAGGCGCUUCUGAAUCAGGCCAUUCCCUUGACGGUGUAUAG